AUGGUGAAGAGGAAGAGCUCCGAGGGCCAGGAGCAAGACAGCGGUCGCGGCAUCCCCUUGCCCAUCCAGACCUUCCUGUGGCGGCAAACAAGUGCGUUUUUGAGGCCUAAACUGGGGAAGCAAUAUGAAGCCUCUUGUGUGUCCUUUGAACGAGUUUUGGUAGAAAACAAGCUUCAUGGCCUCUCUCCAGCCCUCUCUGAAGCCAUCCAGAGCAUUUCCCGAUGGGAACUGGUACAAGCUGCUUUGCCUCAUGUCCUCCAUUGCACUGCAACCCUCCUGUCAAACAGGAACAAGCUAGGUCACCAGGAUAAACUGGGUGUUGCUGAGACAAAGCUCCUUCACACUCUGCACUGGAUGCUCCUGGAGGCCCCCCAGGACUGCAACAAUGAGCGCCUGGGGGGCACAGACCGAGGCUCCAGUUGGGGUGGCAGCAGCAGUGGCUUCAUCCAUCAGGUUGAAAACCAGGGUUCUCCAGGGCAGCCUUGCCAAAGCACCUCCAAUGAUGAUGAAGAAAACAACCGAAGAAAGAUUUUUCAGAACUCCAUGGCAACUGUAGAGCUCUUUGUGUUUCUGUUUGCUCCUCUGGUACACAGGAUCAAGGAAUCUGACCUCACAUUCCGACUGGCCAGUGGACUUGUUAUAUGGCAGCCCAUGUGGGAGCACAGACAGCCCGAAGUCUCUGGCUUCACGGCACUGGUGAAGCCCCUCAGGAACAUCAUCACAGCUAAGAGAAGCUCUCCUAUCAACAGUCAGAGUCAGACCUGUGAAUCACCAAAUCCAGACACAAGACACCGAGAGGGACUCCAGGUGGUCUGUGAAACAUUCCAGUCAGAUUCCAUCUCACCCAAGGCCACCAUUUCAGGCUGCCACCGAGGAAACUCCUUUGAUGGAAGUCUGUCCUCCCAAACUUCCCAGGAAAGGGGACCAUCGCAUUCCAGGGCCUCUCUCGUGAUACCUCCAUGCCAAAGGUCCCGCUAUGCCACCUACUUUGACGUUGCUGUUCUUCGCUGCCUACUCCAGCCCCACUGGUCUGAGGAAGGCACUCAGUGGUCUCUGAUGUACUAUCUACAAAGGCUGAGACACAUGUUGGAGGAGAAGCCAGAAAAGCCCCCAGAGCCAGAUAUUCCUCUCCUGCCCAGACCCAGGAGUAGCUCCAUGGUGGCAGCAGCUCCCUCGCUAGUGAACACACACAAGACCCAAGAUCUCACCAUGAAGUGUAAUGAAGAGGAAAAAUCUCUCAGCCCUGAGGCCUUUUCCAAGGUUUCGUUGACCAAUCUACGCAGGUCUGCAGUCCCAGAUCUUUCUUCAGAUCUUGGCAUGAACAUCUUUAAGAAGUUCAAGAGCCGCAAAGAAGACAGAGAGAGAAAAGGCUCCAUCCCGUUCCACCACACGGGGAAGAGGCGGCCUCGAAGAAUGGGGGUGCCGUUCCUGCUGCACGAGGACCACCUGGAUGUGUCCCCCACCCGCAGCACUUUCUCCUUCGGAAGUUUCUCUGGGCUUGGAGAAGACAGGCGAGGCAUUGAAAAAGGAGGCUGGCAAACCACCAUUUUAGGGAAAUUUACCCGGCGGGGCAGUUCAGACGCAGCCACUGAGAUGGAAAGCCUGGGCGCCAGGCACUCCCACUCGCAUCACACGCUGGUGAGUGACCUGCCAGACCACUCCAACAGCCACGGGGACAACACCGUCAAGGAAGUGCGAUCCCAGAUCUCCACCAUCACAGUUGCAACCUUUAAUACUACAUUGGCGUCAUUCAAUGUAGGCUAUGCAGACUUUUUCAGUGAGCAUAUGAGGAAGCUCUGCAACCAGGUGCCCAUCCCCGAGAUGCCACACGAACCUCUGGCCUGCGCAAACCUUCCGCGAAGCCUCACAGACUCUUGCAUAAACUACAGCUACUUAGAAGAUACAGAGCAUAUUGAUGGGACUAAUAACUUUGUCCACAAGAAUGGCAUGCUUGAUCUUUCCGUGGUUCUGAAGGCUGUUUAUCUUGUCCUUAACCAUGACAUCAGUUCUCGUAUCUGUGAUGUGGCGCUAAACAUUGUGGAGUGCUUGCUUCAGCUUGGUGUGGUGCCCUGUGUAGAAAAGAACAGAAAGAAGAGUGAAAACAAGGAAAAUGGGACUGCGGAAAAAAGACCGAGUGAGGGAACUUUCCAGUUCAAAGGAGUCUCUGGAAGUUCCACCUGUGGAUUUGGGGGCCCUUCAGUUAGUGGAGCUGGAGAUGGUGGAGGAGAAGAAGGAGGAGGUGCUGACGGAGGAGGUGGAGGAGGUGAUGGAGGAGGAGGUGGAGGAGGUGGAGGUGGCCCCUAUGAGAAGAAGGAUAAGAACCAAGAGAAGGAUGAAAAUAUACCUGUAAGCAACCAUAGGCUUGCUCUAACCAUGCUCAUCAAAAUAGUAAAGUCUCUGGGAUGUGCCUAUGGUUGUGGGGAAGGACACCGAGGGCUCUCUGGAGAUCGUCUGAGACACCAGGCCCAGAACUGCCUCACUAAGUUAUACAAGCUAGAUAAGAUGCAGUUCCGACAAACCAUGAGGGACUAUGUGAACAAGGACUCUCUCAAUAACGUAGUGGACUUCUUGCAUGCUUUGCUAGGAUUUUGUAUGGAGCCGGUCACUGACAACAAGGCUGGGUUUGGAAAUAAUUUCACCACGGUGGACAACAAAUCGACAGCCCAGAAUGUGGAAGGCAUCAUCGUCAGCGCCAUGUUUAAAUCCCUCAUCACACGCUGCGCCUCAACGACACAUGAAUUGCACAGCCCUGAGAAUCUGGGACUGUAUUGUGACAUCCGCCAGCUGGUCCAGUUUAUCAAAGAGGCCCAUGGGAAUGUCUUCAGGAGAGUGGCCCUCAGUGCUUUGCUUGACAGUGCUGAGAAGUUGGCACCAGGGAAAAAGGUGGAGGAAAAUGAACCAGAAUCUAAGCCUGGAGGUGGUAAAAGGUCAGAGGCAGGGAGCAUUGCGGAUAAAGGCCAGGUGACCUCUGCUCCUGAGGAAUGUCGCAGCUUCAUGUCCGGUCGCCCCUCUCAAACUCCAGAGCACGAUGAACAAAUGCAAGGGGGAAACCUGGGGCGGAAAGAUUUCUGGCGCAAGAUGUUCAAAUCCCAAAGUGCAGCAAGUGACACCAGCAGCCAGUCUGAGCAGGACACUUCGGAAUGCACGACUGCCCAUUCAGGGACCACUUCUGACCGGCGCGCCCGCUCACGGUCCCGCAGAAUUUCCCUCCGGAAGAAGCUUAAACUCCCCAUAGGUAAAAGAAACUGGCUGAAACGAUCCUCCCUCUCGGGCCUGGCAGAUGGCGUGGAGGACCUCCUGGACAUUAGCUCUGUAGACCGCCUGUCUUUUAUCCGGCAGAGCUCCAAGGUAAAAUUCACCAGUGCUGUGAAGCUUUCUGAAGGUGGGCCAGGGAGUGGAAUGGAAAAUGGAAGAGACGAAGAAGAGAAUUUCUUCAAGCGUCUUGGUUGCCACAGUUUCGACGACCACCUGUCUUCCAACCAAGAUGGUGGGAAAAGCAAAAAUGUGGUGAAUCUUGGAGCAAUCCGACAAGGCAUGAAACGUUUUCAAUUUCUGUUAAACUGCUGUGAGCCAGGGACAAUUCCUGAUGCAUCUAUUUUGGCAGCCGCCUUGGAUCUUGAAGCACCCGUGGUAGCCAGAGCAGCACUGUUCCUGGAAUGUGCCCGUUUUGUUCACCGCUGCAACCGUGGCAACUGGCCAGAGUGGAUGAAAGGGCAUCACGUGAAUAUCACCAAGAAAGGCCUUUCCAGGGGCCGGUCUCCCAUCGUGGGCAACAAGCGGAACCAGAAGCUGCAGUGGAAUGCUGCCAAGCUCUUCUACCAAUGGGGAGACGCGAUUGGUGUCCGAUUGAAUGAGCUGUGCCAUGGGGAAAGUGAGAGCCCAGCCAAUCUGCUGGGUCUCAUUUAUGAUGAGGAGACCAAGAGAAGACUGAGAAAGGAGGAUGAGGAGGAAGACUUUUUAGAUGACAGUACUGUGAACCCUUCUAAAUGUGGCUGCCCCUUUGCCUUGAAGAUGGCAGCAUGCCAGCUUCUCCUGGAGAUUACCACCUUCCUGCGAGAGACCUUUUCUUGCCUGCCCAGACCACGCACCGAGCCGCUGGUAGACUUGGAGAGCUGCAGACUUCGUUUGGAUCCUGAAUUGGACCGACACAGAUAUGAGAGGAAGAUCAGCUUUGCUGGGGUCCUGGAUGAAAAUGAAGACUCGAAAGACUCCCUUCACAGUAGUAGCCACACCCUCAAAUCAGAUGCAGGUGUUGAAGAGAAGAAAGAAGGGAGUCCUUGGAGUGCAAGUGAGCCCAGCAUUGAGCCAGAGGGAGUGAGUACAGCUGGCGUGGAGGAAAAUUACCACAGGAACAUGUCCUGGCUUCAUGUCAUGAUCUUGCUGUGCAAUCAGCAAAGCUUCAUCUGCACCCACGUUGACUACUGCCACCCACACUGCUACCUGUACCACAGCCGCUCCUGUGCCCGGCUGGUCAGGGCCAUUAAACUGCUCUAUGGAGACACUGUGGACUCCCUUCGUGAGAGCAAUAGCAUCAGCAACGUGGCUCUCAGGGGCAAGAAACAGAAAGAGUGCUCAGAUAAAUCAUGCCUCAGGACACCUUCUCUGAAGAAGAGAAUUUCAGAUGCCAACCUAGAAGGGAAAAAGGACUCUGGGAUGCUGAAGUACAUCAGACUGCAGGUGAUGAGCUUGUCGCCUGCGCCCUUAUCUCUGCUAAUCAAGGCAGCACCAAUUCUGACAGAGGAGAUGUAUGGAGACAUCCAGCCAGCUGCCUGGGAGCUUCUGCUCAGCAUGGAUGAGCACAUGGCAGGGGCGGCAGCUGCCAUGUUCCUGCUGUGUGCGGUGAAAGUCCCCGAGGCUGUGUCUGACAUGCUCACGUCAGAGUUCCACCAUCCAGAGACCGUGCAGAGGCUGAACGCUGUCCUUAAGUUCCACACGCUCUGGAGGUUUCGCUAUCAGGUCUGGCCCCGGAUGGAGGAGGGAGCACAGCAGAUUUUUAAGAUCCCACCUCCCAGUAUAAACUUCACCCUGCCCUCGCCAGUGCUCGGAAUGCCAUCCGUCCCCAUGUUUGACCCGCCCUGGGUCCCUCAGUGCAGUGGGAGUGUCCAGGAUCCAAUAAAUGAAGACCAGUCUAAAUCCUUUUCAGCCCGGGCUGUGUCCCGCUCCCAUCAAAGGGCAGAACACAUCCUAAAGAACUUGCAACAGGAGGAAGAGAAGAAACGUCUUGGGCGAGAAGCCAGCCUCAUCACCGCCAUCCCCAUCACCCAGGAGGCUUGCUACGAGCCCACCUGCACACCCAGUGCAGAGCCAGAAGAAGAAGUAGAAGAAGUCACCAAUCUGGCAUCCCGUCGACUGUCUGUGAGUCCAUCCUGUACCUCCAGCACUUCCCACAGGAAUUACUCUUUCCGCCGAGGGUCAGUCUGGUCAGUGCGUUCAGCUGUCAGUGCCGAAGAUGAGGAGCACACCACGGAGCACACGCCCAACCACCACGUGCCUCAGCCCCCGCAGGCCGUGUUCCCGGCCUGCAUCUGCGCAGCAGUGCUCCCCAUUGUCCAUCUGAUGGAGGAUGGUGAGGUGCGGGAAGACGGCGUCGCAGUGAGUGCUGUGGCUCAGCAAGUCUUAUGGAAUUGUCUAAUUGAAGAUCCAUCAACAGUUCUUCGACAUUUUCUGGAAAAACUGACCAUCAGCAAUAGACAAGAUGAGUUAAUGUACAUGCUGCGCAAACUUCUCCUGAAUAUCGGAGACUUUCCUGCUCAGACAUCACACAUCCUCUUCAACUACUUGGUGGGAUUAAUCAUGUACUUUGUACGGACCCCCUGCGAGUGGGGGAUGGAUGCCAUUUCAGCCACUCUGACUUUCCUGUGGGAGGUGGUGGGUUAUGUCGAAGGCCUGUUCUUCAAGGAUCUGAAGCAGACCAUGAAGAAGGAGCAGUGUGAGGUAAAGCUCCUGGUGACCGCUUCAAUGCCAGGUACCAAAACCUUGGUAGUUCAUGGACAGAAUGAAUGUGAUAUCCCAACCCAGUUACCAGUGCAUGAGGACACUCAAUUUGAAGCCCUCUUAAAGGAGUGUCUGGAGUUUUUUAAUAUCCCAGAAUCCCAGUCCACACACUAUUUUCUCAUGGAUAAACGAUGGAACCUUAUCCACUAUAAUAAGACCUACGUCCGGGAUAUUUAUCCUUUCAGGAGAUCAGUGUCUCCACAGCUGAACCUUGUACAUAUGCAUCCAGAGAAAGGACAGGAGCUCAUUCAGAAACAGGUGUUCACUCGGAAGCUGGAAGAAGUGGGGCGGGUUUUGUUUCUCAUCUCCCUUACCCAGAAGAUCCCCACAGCCCACAAGCAGUCCCACGUCUCCAUGCUCCAGGAAGACCUCCUCCGACUGCCCUCCUUCCCUCGAAGUGCUAUCGAUGCAGAGUUUUCUCUCUUCAGCGAUCCUCAAGCUGGGAAGGAGCUGUUUGGCCUCGACACUCUUCAGAAAAGCUUGUGGAUCCAGCUCCUGGAGGAGAUGUUCCUGGGCAUGCCGAGCGAGUUUCCCUGGGGAGAUGAGAUCAUGCUGUUCCUCAAUGUUUUUAAUGGGGCUCUGAUCCUCCACCCAGAAGACAGUGCCCUGCUUCGGCAAUACGCUGCCACCGUCAUCAACAGCGCCGUGCACUUCAAUCACCUGUUCUCCCUUAGUGGCUACCAGUGGAUCUUGCCCACCAUGCUGCAGGUGUACUCUGACUAUGAAAGCAAUCCCCAGUUGCGUCAAGCCAUCGAAUUUGCCUGCCACCAGUUCUACAUUCUACACCGGAAGCCCUUUGUGCUCCAGCUGUUUGCAAGUGUGGCCCCUCUCCUGGAGUUUCCUGAUGCUGCCAACACUGGCUCCAGCAAAGGUGUGUCAGCUCAGUGCCUGUUUGACUUGCUGCAGUCACUGGAGGGGGAGACCACUGACAUCCUAGACAUCUUAGAGUUGGUCAAAGCUGAGAAGCCUCUUAAGUCAUUAGAUUUCUGCUAUGGAAACGAAGACCUGACUUUCUCUAUAAGUGAAGCCAUUAAGCUCUGUGUUACCGUGGUGGCAUAUGCUCCUGAGUCAUUCAGAAGUCUUCAGAUGCUGAUGGUCUUGGAAGCCUUAGUGCCCUGUUACCUACAAAAGCUAAAGAGGCAAACAUCACAAGUGGAGACAGUACCUGCUGCCCGAGAGGAGAUCGCCGCCACGGCUGCUCUUGCAACAUCUCUGCAGGCCCUUUUAUACAGUGUCGAAGUCCUCACCAGACCCAUGACAGCCCCACAGAUGAGCAGAUGUGACCAAGGUCAUAAAGGAGCCACCACAGCCAACCACACCAUGUCAUCUGGGGUGAACACCAGGUAUCAGGAACAAGGUGCCAAACUGCACUUUAUCAGAGAAAACCUGCACUUACUGGAGGAAGGCCAGGGCCUUCCCAGAGAGGAGCUGGAUGAGCGGAUUGCUCGAGAGGAGUUCAGAAGACCCCGGGAGUCGCUGCUGAACAUCUGCACUGAGUUCUACAAGCACUGUGGGCCCAGGCUGAAGAUCCUGCAAAACUUGGCCGGGGAGCCGCGGGUCACUGCCCUGGAGUUGCUGGAUGUGAAGUCCCACAUGAGGUUGGCGGAAAUCGCACAUUCCCUCCUGAAGCUGGCACCAUAUGAUACGCAGACGAUGGAAAGCCGGGGGCUUCGACGCUACAUCAUGGAAAUGCUUCCCAUCACCGACUGGACAGCUGAGGCAGUGAGGCCAGCCCUUAUCCUCAUUUUAAAGAGAUUGGAUAGAAUGUUCAACAAAAUUCAUAAGAUGCCUACUUUGAGGCGACAGGUUGAGUGGGAGCCUGCCAGCAAUUUGAUUGAAGGGGUUUGUUUGACACUUCAGAGGCAGCCAAUCAUAUCCUUCCUCCCUCACCUUAGGUCACUGAUCAAUGUCUGUGUCAAUCUGGUGAUGGGAGUAGUAGGACCCUCCAGUGUUGCUGAUGGAUUACCCCUUCUUCAUCUCAGCCCUUAUCUCUCACCACCUCUGCCCUUCAGCACAGCUGUUGUCCGGCUUGUAGCAUUGCAGAUACAGGCUUUAAAAGAAGAUUUUCCUUUAAGCCAUGUGAUCUCCCCAUUCACCAAUCAAGAGCGAAGGGAGGGGAUGCUUUUAAAUCUGCUCAUCCCAUUUGUGCUCACAGUAGGAUCUGGAAGCAAAGAUAGCCCGUGGCUGGAGCAGCCCGAGGUGCAGCUGCUACUACAGACGGUCAUUAAUGUGCUCCUGCCUCCAAGGAUCAUCAGCACGUCCAGGAGCAAGAACUUCAUGUUGGAGAGCUCCCCUGCUCACUGCUCCACCCCUGGGGAUGCAGGGAAAGACUUGCGCAGAGAGGGCCUGGCGGAGUCUACCAGCCAAGCAGCAUACUUGGCACUGAAGGUGAUUCUCGUCUGCUUUGAGAGGCAGCUCGGAAGCCAGUGGUACUGGCUGAGCCUCCAGGUGAAGGAGAUGGCUCUGCGGAAGGUCGGGGGCCUGGCCCUGUGGGACUUCCUCGAUUUCAUCGUGCGGACUCGUAUCCCCAUCUUCGUGCUCUUGCGGCCUUUCAUCCAGUGCAAGCUUCUGGCCCAGCCAGCAGAGAAUCAUGAAGAGCUGUCUGCCCGACAACAUAUUGCUGACCAGCUGGAGCGGCGUUUCAUCCCACGCCCUCUGUGCAAGAGCUCCCUCAUUGCCGAGUUCAACAGUGAACUAAAAAUUCUAAAAGAGGCAGUUCACAGUGGUUCAGCCUACCAAGGGAAGACAUCCAUCAGCACCGUGGGCACCUCCACCUCUGCGUACCGCCUGAGCCUGGCCACCAUGUCCCGCUCCAACACGGGCACUGGCACUGUCUGGGAGCAGGACAGCGAGCCGUCCCAGCAGGCUUCACAGGACACCUUGAGUCGAACGGAUGAGGAGGAUGAAGAGAAUGACUCUGUCAGCAUGCCCAGUGUGGUAAGUGAACAGGAAGCUUACCUCCUGAGCACCAUUGGAAGGAGGCGGUUCUCCAGCCAUGUCUCCAGCAUGUCUGCACCUCAGGCUGAGGUGGGCAUGUUACCCAGCCAAAGGGUGGCAAGUGUGCAGAGUGAACCUGGCCAACAGAACCUCCUCCUUCAACAGCCACUGGGGAGGAAGAGGGGCCUGAGGCAGCUAAGACGUCCUCUACUGUCUCGUCAGAAGACUCAGACGGAAUCCAGGAACCGCCAUGGGGCUCGGCUGUCAACCACUCGCAGGAGCAUUCAACCUAAAACAAAGCCAUCUGUGGAUCAGAAACGAUCUGUAACCUUCAUUGAGGCUCAGCCGGAGUCAGCAGGUGCCCCAGCAGACACACUUUCUGCCACAGGCCAGCCACAGGGCUGCAGCCCGGCCCCAUCCAGGAAACCAGAAGGGAUGGACAAACCAGUCCUCACAUCUUCCCCUGCCAUUGUUGUUGCUGAUCUCCACAGCCUUUCUCCCAAGCAGGGUGAGAGCCUCCCAGCUGAAGAAGGGGAAAAGAAAGAGGACACGGAAGUACCAGGUGCUACAGCGCACAGCCCCCUCUCUGCUCAGCUCUCGGACCCUGAUGACUUCACAGGCCUUGAGACAUCCAUCCUCCUACAGCAUGGAGACACUGUCCUUCACAUCAGUGAGGAAAAUGGCAUGGAGAACCCCCUGCUUUCUGGCCCAUACCCUUUCACUCCCACUGAGCUGGGGGAGACUGAUGUCGACCUAGAUGAAUCUCAUGUUUAAUUCUGUACCUUUUAAGAGCUGUAGGUGUAGAAAAGAGGUAGAAGGGAUCACUUUGCUAAAAGUUGAAAACUUUUGCUUUGAAAAGAUGAAAACACAGCACUUUACACCCAAUGGGUAGCACAAAUCCCAGUAGAUUUUGCUGCCAAUGUGCAUAUUGUAUCAUAAACAUCUUCUCAAAAUCAAUGGCUGAGGUGGUUUGGUUAUGUGAAGACCAUAAAAACCAGGGAGGAAUAAAGGGAAAGAGCCAUUUCACUGCACAUUGUUUAUGAUUCAAGAAGCCUUGAGCAGUUAAAAAUGUAUACUACUACAGAGCUGCUAACCUAGGAAUAUUAACAAAUAAUGUGUUCUAAAAAGAGAAUGCAAUUUUUGGAGGUUACAUUAUACAUCUCAUGCAAAUGUUUAUUUUUAUAAUUUUAGAAGCAUUAAAUCAGGUGGCUCUACAAGUAGCAGUUUACAUAAAAAUAAUCAAUAAGGAAAAUAUUAGUUUGAGGAAACUAAAUAGCAGAUAAACCUGCAGCCAUUUUUUUUUUUUUGAUCAAUACAGCAAUUUAGAAGGAAAAAAUGCUAUUUUUAGAGCUGUGGACUUUUCAGUAUUUAUUUUUUAACUGUCAUUGUCAUUGCAUUUUAUAAAUCAAAAUGCUAAUGCCAUAAGAUCAUUCUAUUUCAUAAUCAACACAUUAGAGCAUAUUCUAGAAAUAAUCAAACACAAUUCUGAAUUAAGGACCUAAAUAGCCUAUACUAUGAUGAAAAUUAAAUGUGAAUAUUAUAGCUAGAAAGAGAUGAUAUUCCUACUUCUAGCCCUGACGACACCAAUGCCAAGAUUGGGAAACAUUGGGAAAUGUGAUUUAUUUUCCUUUAUAAUGUUCUGUGCCUGCCCUUGAGGCCAUAUUUUCAGAUAUUAAGGUUAGUAUGAUUAGAACUAGUUCAAUAAAAUAACUUUUUCUCAAUGUUAACAAUAUUCAUAUGAUCCUUUGGAGAUUACGUGUAUGAGGAAAAAAUAUAAAACGAGAAAUUUAUUUAUAGAUAUAGUUUGUGUAUUUUACUUUAACUUGAAGUUCAGUUACUUCAAGAAAAGUAUAAAACUUAGAAAGGCUUCUGAGGCCAUAUCGAGUAUGUUAUCCUAUAGUAGGGCUUGGCAUCGCAUAGUUCAAGAUUACAUUUCAAAUUUUUAACAGUUUAUGUUAGAAAACUGGUACAUAACUUUGAAGUAUAUUAAAAACCUAUAUACAUACCUAAAUUGGUAUGGUGGUGUGUGUGAGUGUGUGUGGGGGUGUGUGUGUGUAUGUUUUCUAGUCCUGAUGCUAAGGUUAGACUUUGAUUACAUAGCAAUGAACUUAAAACCCAUUCAUUCUGUAUACUUAAACUAUGAAAUGUAUAUGUAUAUAUAUAAAAGAGACCUAUUAAAUCCACUCAUCACAAAGGAAAAUUAUUUUUCUGUUAGAAUUGCUUAUUAAGUAGGCAUUGUUUUUAUUGUGAUUUAUAUUUUCCAAUAUAGUUUGGGGUUUUGGUCUCACUAAUAGAAUGAAAGAUAUCUGUGAGUUAAAGGACAAAACUAAAAAAUUUAAAACUUCAGAAAAUAGAGGUGGUAAAUGGCCUCUUCUAUGUUUUACAAUAUUUUCAGGACACUUACACUUAUUGCUGAAUUCUCAAGUGCAGAAAUAUACAUAUAUAACUGGUUUUAUGACUCUUUCUAAGCUGAUAUAUUUCGCCUGUUAAAAAUUAUGCUGCUCAAUUAGUGUUAGAGGCCUUAUGUUUGGUAAUUACAAGUGUCUGGGCUAUGUGAGUCUCUAUAUAUGUGCGUGUUUUGUUCCAGUUUCUUGAUUCUUGAUUUAAAUUCUCUAUGUAUAAUCAUAUCAAAUAUUUAAAAAGUAAAAGGGUCAAAGAUGAUUAUUAACUAUCUCACCAGAAUCCUAUAUACCUUUAUAUAUAUUUAAAAAGUAUUGAGCUGUUUUGAAUAUGACUAUGCUGGCCUGUCUGCCUUUUAGCCUGAUUCCUUCAUUCUAGUGUUAUGAAAGUCUGAUGGAAACUUUUUCAAUAAGCUAAGUAAUGUUGUACCUUGCAAAAAAAGCCUCCACUCUGACAAACAGGGCCUUAUAGAGUGGGGAUGUUUUCAUACUGGGAGUACGGAGAUUUUGCAGAUGUGUGCAUCUGUUCCAUUUAAGGUGCCCUUAAAUGUGUUGAAUGUAAUGUGUUAAAUGUUUAUGUGUAAUCUAUAAAAUAUUUAUGUAUGUGCAUAAGACUGUCACAAGAUGUAUUCUCAGGAAUACUGUUACCUGGAGUUUGAAGGAAUAAUUAUUUUUAAAAAAAGUUGGGGAAGAUUAGACAAAGUUCAAGAUAAAUAACGAUUUUUUUGUAAUUCAAAAAAAAUCAUUGAGCAUAUGACUAAAAGUUAAUUAUUACAUGUGACAAAUACAGUAUUGGUAAUAGCAGAUCAUUUCCUAAGCUAUGAUACUUAAUAAUAUUUAUCUUAUUCAGAGGAAAAUUAAAACAGACACCUACUUCCCAUAUAAAAAAUUGGACUCAACCAAGAAGUUGCUUCUUCUGAAAUUAAAUUUUGAGAGACCUUAGAAUAAGCAUUUAUCAUCCAUGAUAGUGGGUGUAGAUUUACUCAGAUUCAAUUAAAACAGUUCAAAUUCUGGAUACAGCAUUUUAUACAGCAAAACAUUUACUGUCAUUUUUUUUCAAUAUUUGCUGCUUUCUAUAAUUCUAUUAGAUAAGCUUUUUUUUUUUUUUUUUUUUUUUUCCUAAAAAGGAGCUAUUGAAUACAUUGAGACAAGGCACUGGGAACUAUAGUGUCAAAACCAUAAAUGGGCAUGGCAGUACUGGGUGGGGGGAAUCUGUGGAGUCUGGGGGUCUGGUUAGGGUCUGUUGCACACAGGCUGGGAGUAGCUGGUUUGCCAUUUCAAGCAAGAAAGAGUAUCUUAGGCCGGAUGAUAUUUCCUUCCUUCUUUAGUACCCGUCCCUUUAGUUGGUAAAAACAUUCUCCACUCUGCUGCCCAGCUCUGAGGGUAUCUGAGAUGGGAAUAGACUGUACAUAGGGACCUAUAGGGAAGAAAGGGGCAUAAAUGACAGUCCAAAAUUGACAUUAAAUACCCUUUCUUAAGUUAUACAGGAGACUUUAAUAGUCUCCAGAAUUUGCUGCUAUCACAUCAUGCUGUUGCCCUGUGACUUCACACUUCUAAUUCCAUGGCCUUGUCUUGGGAGUGAAUAGAAAGUGUCACUUCCUCAUUUACUUUGUGGGUCCUAACUGCAGUAUUUCAGAAACAAAGUUUGGACACUCAGGAGAAUAAAAACAUGUUUAGGGCAUAAUGUAUUUGGAAAAGGUUAAGAAAAAUUUACUUAUUGUAGGAUCAUUUAGGAUCACAGAUCCAUGUACCUCCAUAUUUUCCAAUACUCACUGUGACCACAGGAUGAAAAUCCUUUCUUAGCCAUUUUAUAGGUAAAAACAAAAAACUGACUACACAGCCAACUUCCCUCAGAUGACUAUGAAGUUUGUUAUGAUUACUGAAUGACCAAAGAGCAUGGAAAAAAUGCAUAUGAAUAAAUACUAAAAUGUUUAUGAAAGAUAUUUAUGAAAGACUUCUGUGUUUGAAUAUGCACAUAUAAUAAAAUAAAUCUAAAAGGA